AUGCGACAUGUGGUGCAGGAAAGUCUGAUGGCAGGAACACGUGAAGCACACGACUGCCACGGCAACUCCGGUCUGCAAAAGGCCCAGCUUGCAAAUCGAAUCUGUUGGACUUGGACAUCACAACGAAACGCCCGCCGCGAAGCAAACGGUGGCCGAAAAGGAUUAAUACCAGGCUGUGCUGCUGUGGACCUGUGGUGGCCGCGAAGCAAUGGAGGCCGCGGUGGCCACGAGUACGAGGGUGCCCCUCCCUCUGCUGCCCACCGCGGGAGGCCCCUGCUCCCGUCGGGCCUGGCGCGGCCCCGCCGCGGGUUCGCCUCCAUCUCCGCAACCACCUCCACAUUCGGCGCAGGCGGCAGCGGCGGCGGAGGCCGCAUAUCUGGUGGUGGCGGCGGCGGCGGUGGUGGGGACGACUCCGGUGCCGGCGCGGCAGCGUCCGCCGUGGCUGUGGAGGCUCUGGGUGAGGCCGAGCAGCAGGCGGACGGCGACUCCGACGCAAUCGUGCUCCAUGUCGGGGGAAUGUCUUGCGGCGGAUGCGCGGCCAAGGUGAAGCGGAUUCUCGAGAGCCAGCCUGAGGUUGCUGCAGCUACAGUUGACGUCGAAAAGGCCACCGCUCUUGUGUGGAUGACACCUGAAGCGAAGGCUACCAAAGAUUGGCAAAAGCAAUUGGCCGAGAAGCUUGCCAAUCAUCUCACCUCUUGCGGGUUCCAGUCUCAUCUGCAAGGUGAAGGCGAAGCUGAACAAACUGAUUCUUGA